UGUUAUCUAUGGUAUAAAAUAACAAAAUUUCUCGCUCGCUGAAUGUUUACUGAGAUCGUUUUUUGUCAUUUAAAAUACACUUCUUUGGAAGUAAAUAUUAACAUUAUAGUCAAAAGUUGAAAAAUUUCCUUGAUAAUUAACAAAUAUUUCUCAUGGAGUGUUUAGAUAAUGUAAAUUGGGGAAAUUGCUUAUGGUUCGAAGGUGGAAAUGAGAAAAAAAAUGUCAUUGCUGGAAUAAUAUCUGGUAUAUUGUUUGCUACUGGAUGGUGGUUGAUAAUCGAUGGUAUGGCUGUUAAUCCUAGUCAAGUAUCUGGUACUUAUCACAUUUGUGGAUUGGUUGGAACAUUUUCUUUCUUUAUGGUAAAUGUAGUAUCCAAUUCACAAAUACGUGGUGAAGCAUAUUCUGGAGGAUGGUUUGGACCAAGAGGUGCUCGAAGUUGGUUAUUUAUUGGAUUUGUAUUGGGAUUUGCAGCUUUAAUUGCUGCUAGUUGGAUAUUUUUUGCAGAUUUUGUUGGUGCUAAAGGAUCAUCAAAUCCUAAUAUGACAGUUGGACUCGAACUUUUUUUUCAAAAUAUUUUUAUUUUUGUUGCUUCUCUUAUUUACAAAUUUGGACGUGUUGAAGAUCAGUGGUAAAAAUUCAACAAUAUUUUAUAUUAAGUGUAUUUAUAAAAUCCAAAAAUUUUGUAUUCUAAUAAUUUAUUCAACAAUAAUACUAUAAAAAUAAUUAUAUACUUAUACUAUAAAGUAUAUAAAUGUUUAUAUAUAUAUAAUUUAAAAUGAUAAGUGAAAAAUUUAAGGUCAAACAUUUUUAUUUCAUUAUUUAAUUAGUUUAUUUUGAGUGUUAAUUCAAAUAAUUUUAAAUUUAAGUAUAGAUUAUAUGUGUUAGAUUAUUACUACUAUUUAUAUAUAAUUAGGUAUUUACUAUUAAGAAUGUCUUGA